AUGUUGACCGGAUCUCCUGGCCGGGACUCUUUUCAGAACAACUUUUGGCUGAGAAAGACGAAGGCAGUGAUGAAAGAGAUGAAUACGGUGACACAGUGCAUUCCAUCGGCUGCAAGGGGAUCGUUGCGCUUUCUGGACCUUGGUUGUUGUCCCGGUGGCUUUACUGCCUACAUCCUUGAGAAGAACAAGAUCGCUAGAGGCCUCGGAAUCUCCCUGCCUACAGAAGACGGUGGAUACGCUUAUUGCCUGGAUAACCGUCUACGCCGACAGACAUUCGUUCCCCACGACUUGACGAAAUUCCAGCUCUCGUCAUCGGUUUCGGCCACCGGCACAAAUUUCAAAGCUGUUCCUCGGGAUAUUGAAAAACGUCAAUUCGACCUCGCCAUCCUUGGUGCUAGCCCACUUUCCAGCUGGCGUGCGAACCGGGAUAGCGACCUUCUCCUUGUGUCACAGCUUGUCCUGGGGUUGCAGGGGGUCAAAACGGGUGGGACUAUCAUCGUGCUGCUACAUAAUCCCGAGUCAUGCCAGACAGCGAGGGUGUUAUAUCUCCUUGACAAGAUAUCGAAGAAGCUCACUGCGCACAAACCGACGUCUGUGCACAGUGAUCGCAGUUCGUUCUACGCCAUAGCCCAGGGGGUAGGGCUCGGCAAAGGAGAGGAGGUCACGAGGAAUGCGUACCUUGAUGGGCUGAGAAGACUGUGGUCUGAGAUGACACGGGAAGGGAGGAAGAUGGUGGAGGAGGAUUUGGAUUUCAUCGUUACCAUGGAUGAGGUUUCGAGGUCGUGUAUCGCCUGGUUGGUGGAACUGUGUGGUAAGAUUUGGGAGAUACAGCUGCGAGCGUUGGAAGUGGGUAUGGAGAGGGAUCUAUCUUUCUGA